UUCCCCCAUGGUAUCCAGAGAGAGACCCCCGGGUGCCUGGGUCCCCCUGACCCACGCCCUGGCAGACGGCCUGCUGCUGUGUGUGCUCCAGGAGCCUCUGACGGACCCCGGUCCCGCCCACAUCGAGGCUCUCCUCACACGGCUGGAGUCAGUGUCUGACACCCUGGAAAGGGCUGACGUUCUGUCUGAGCCAUGGCCCGAGGGGGUACAUCAGCAGGAAGCAGACUCCCUCCUGAGAGACAAGGUGAAGCUCCUCAGCACUUACCUACAGCAGAGGACAAGGCUGUUGCGCCGGCUCGUCCAGGUGCACGGGGAAUUCGAGGCCAGCAUCAAGGACACACUGGAGGGUCUGGAAUGCCUCUGGGCACAGCUGGAGGAGCUCCACACCAGGGUCACGCUCACCAAAGAGUGGAGCCAAGGCCACGGAGAUCUGUCCACAGCUCGGGCCGAGGCAGAGGAUUUGUCCGCAGUGCUGGACCAGUACAGGAACAAGCUCCGGUGCUGCCAGGCCCACCACAGGGACAGCACACGAAUCCUGCAGGUCAGAGUUUCUCUACGCGAGAGAGGAAAGACGUAAAAAAGAAAAG